AUGACGUUGAUGGACUCUGCUGCUGCCGAUUCUCCGGAGGAAACCCGCAGUGAUGCUCUGAAUACAUUGCUUAUGUCGUGCAGGAGUAGCGGAAAUUUUGAAGGCUCCCCGAAUGAGAAAAUCAAUGGCUCGUUCUACGAGAUUAAUGCAGACAUGCCCAUUCGAUUUCGUUAUCAGUUUGAUAACCCUGUGAUAGUACAGAGCCCGGCACAUUUCCGAUCGAAUUCCCAGUCCAUCCAGAAUGUGAGUGAGCAUACUCCAUCACCGCAAUUGCAGCAAAGUCCAGUUGACGACACUAACAAUGAACUGCAAAUCGAUCGGAAUUCAGAUAGGCAGGAGCUCAGCAAUCAUAUACGACAUUCUACUAACAAAAGCUUUCAAACGCCCAGCAAGCACCGUGAUCCGACAUCAGGACAGUGGGCAUCCUCAUUUUUUGCAGAGACUGUUGCUGGAUUUACACAACAUGUUUCGGCUGCUCAAGAGAAGCUUGAUUCACUCUACUCGCAGCUGACGGCUCACAAAACGGAACAGCAUUCAGAUUGUCUGAGAACUACUGAUGUGCCCCCUCCGAACUUGACCCUAUCAUUUCAUGGUGGUUAUCCUAACCAGGAAGAAAGCAGUUUACACACAAUCCACAGUUCCUCAAAGCAUUCCAUUUCCGUAGUUGACGAAGUAGAGAGGUUCUCCCAAGUAGCGCACAAAUCCGAAAAUUCACGUGCGGAAAUCGGCAAAACAUUACACUGUGAUCACACGCCAUCAGCUCAUCAGAGAGAUUUAUCAUCUCUGGACACUUUGGAUAAAAUGCCCACAUCACAAAUUGAUUUGCAAAUAGGUAGUCAAACCUAUUUUACAGGCUCCCCGAAUGAGAAAAUCAAUGGCUCGUUCUACGAGAUUAAUGCAGACAUGCCCAUUCGAUUUCGUUAUCAGUUUGAUAACCCUGUGAUAGUACAGAGCCCGGCACAUUUCCGAUCGAAUUCCCAGUCCAUCCAGAAUGUGAGUGAGCAUACUCCAUCACCGCAAUUGCAGCAAAGUCCAGUUGACGACACUAACAAUGAACUGCAAAUCGAUCGGAAUUCAGAUAGGCAGGAGCUCAGCAAUCAUAUACGACAUUCUACUAACAAAAGCUUUCAAACGCCCAGCAAGCACCGUGAUCCGACAUCAGGACAGUGGGCAUCCUCAUUUUUUGCAGAGACUGUUGCUGGAUUUACACAACAUGUUUCGGCUGCUCAAGAGAAGCUUGAUUCACUCUACUCGCAGCUGACGGCUCACAAAACGGAACAGCAUUCAGAUUGUCUGAGAACUACUGAUGUGCCCCCUCCGAACUUGACCCUAUCAUUUCAUGGUGGUUAUCCUAACCAGGAAGAAAGCAGUUUACACACAAUCCACAGUUCCUCAAAGCAUUCCAUUUCCGUAGUUGACGAAGUAGAGAGGUUCUCCCAAGUAGCGCACAAAUCCGAAAAUUCACGUGCGGAAAUCGGCAAAACAUUACACUGUGAUCACACGCCAUCAGCUCAUCAGAGAGAUUUAUCAUCUCUGGACACUUUGGAUAAAAUGCCCACAUCUAAAUGGAUAGCAGGGUCGUCUUUAAAACACACCUUUGAUCCAGAUGAAAGUACUGUUGCUAGUGAACAAGUGAUCAAGAACGAUCCGGAUUCCUUCGCAAACAACGCAUCAUCUAUGACUGGAUUGUCGUUGUUCCAGCGUCAAACACUGUUCGCUAUUGGAAGCGGGGAGAACAAUUACCGGUAUUGCCACCAACAGUCAAAAAGAGCCAUCGGUCCAAAUCAUAACAGCGUUACAAUUCCAGAUGUCCAACAACAAUUCAUCAAUACAAUGAAUCUUUCAAUGAGCAGUGGCUGCCGAGAUUGCGACAUGCAAGUUCAAAAUGACAGCCUGUUUACACCCUCAGAUUUUGGAGAAGUCAACAAACAGGUGUAUGCCAGAGCGAAUAAGCAGUGUCUCCAAGGCCGCUCUCAAUCGAUCAGGUCAAACAAAACGAGCCGGAUGACUGCUAACGAGGAGACAGGUUUGGUCACAUCACGCUGUUCGCUGCCGUUUAAAUGGAUGCAAAUUAAACGUCAACAUCCAAGGCUCACGAAUACUGGUGGUGCGCUUUCAACUGGUGCAUCAGUUCAACGUGGCAAACAACCCCAUGUCAACAUGAUCAAACAGGCACUCGGUCGGGAAUAUCUGAAAACCGCCGAUCAGAUGGAGAUGCAUACAAACGGAUCACUAACAGCUUGCGCGCUCCAAGAGGCCUUCAACUAUGUGACUGACGGUUGUGGUACCUUUGAUCAGUCCAUUCCAUUUCCUGUACAAGCUCUAGCUGAGGUUGGUGGUUCGUCGUACAGAGACGAUGGUGCAAUUGGUUGGUCAGUAGCGUACGACCAGAGUAAGGCAGCUGAAUAUCCAUGGAAUAUCACUUCUGACUGUACAAGUGCCACACAGACAACGGUCUUGCCAUCUUCACUGUCCGGACAGAAUUCAAUGAAUGGUAGGAUCAAUUUCACUAACAAACAACUGACCGAACUGGAAAAAGAAUUUCACUUUAAUCGAUAUCUCACUCGAGCACGACGAAUCGAAAUUGCAAACGAUUUGGGUUUGACCGAAACACAAGUGAAGAUCUGGUUUCAGAAUCGGCGUAUGAAGCAGAAAAAGCGAAUGCGCGAUCAGUGGUUUGGAGUACCCAAGACAUCGGAAGAUCCGGUCUUUGAAAGUUCCAUCAGACGCCAACAUAUUCAGACACAGAUCAAGGAAGACGGACAAUCAGCCGAUGACUCAUACAACACUCUCUGUGAUACAAAGCUACUUACGAUGGAACACGCAUCCUUCAACGGCUACUAUCGAGAAUCUCACGAAGACGAUUACCGAUCUUCCGGAUUUUCAAUACCUAGUGAGUGUACAUCAAAAUUCAACAUUCCGGGCUGUCUGGCCAGCAACGACUUCUACGCUAAAUGA